UUUAAUAAUUGUCAUUAAUUCAAUUUGACAAUAAUAAAUUAUAUCUUAUAAAAUUAAUCAAUAAAAUAAUAAAUUUUAUUUGCAUUAAUUAAAAUUUUCCAUCAUCGAAUUAUAUAUGUUGAUAUUAUUAUUAAAUUAAAAUACAACACUGGAAAAAAAAAUAUACAACAUAAAAAAUAACUCAUAAAAUUUAUAAUUGGAUAUUUUGAAAUGUUGGCUUGGUCUGUAUACACUAUGGCCAAAUUAUUGCGCAACUUUUUGUUUAUUAUUUUAAUUAAUAUAACAAUAUAAUAAUUCCUUUCAAAUAUACCUUGGUACAUGCAAAAAAUGUCAACUAAUAAACUUAUUAUUUUUUUUUAAUGGAAUUAUUUCUUCAAAAAUAAACAACAAUAAUAAAAAUAAAUAACAACGAACAACAACAACAACAACAACAUCAACACCAACAACAACAACAACAUGUCAUAACAAUUAUAUUAAACUGUAAUUUGGCCGUUUAUAAAUUACUGGCCUCGGUCAUUAUGACCAAUUAUAUGUGUAUGCAUUUUAUCAACUUAUUAACUUUCUAUAUUCAUUAAAAAUUUUUUAUAUUUAACGCUUGGAAUAUUUAAAUCGUAAACAAUUGUAUUUAUUCUACACGCUAUUGUAAUUGCUAUGAUUUUGGAACAUGUACCUGGGUGGGCGCCUGGAAAGGGAUAUUCAACGUGUUUUCAUUCAUUCGGUGCAUUUUGUACUGAAUUUGCUAUUUCGAAUGGUAUUAAAACAAAAUAAAAUAAAAAAUAAAUCCAUAAAUAAUAAAAAUUAUACGAACACUGCCUCGUUUGCUGCAUGUGGAUCGCCUUAGCAGCCUUAGCCACUGUCGGGGCCUAUGUGGUCCCUCAAAAUGCUCACUGUGUCGUCUACACAGACAGCUGCGGACAGUUACUGGACACCCUCCCGGUGUGCCAAGAUUUUAAUCGACAUCUAUGCAACCGUCCUGCCUGCAAAUUUAUCCAUCUCUAUGACGGAAACGUGGAGGUGGUAGAAAACCGUGUUACUGUGUGUAGAGACGCAGUAAAAGGCGUCUGUACGCGGCCUCAAUGUAAAUAUUAUCACAUACCGGUGGCAUUACCCCCGGCACCUUUGAUGGCUAUCAGCGCUUCCUCAAACUCUUAGUAGCUGAUAAUUUGGAAUAAAUAACAAAGAUCUAGAUAGGAAAGAGUUGUCAUACCUUAUAUAAAAAUAUAACAUUCUUUCAACAUAUUUGAAAUCGUACUGAAAUUAUGACACUAAAUAUAAUUGCGAAUAAUAAAUAAUCAAGAGUGUCAUUAAGAGAAAUUA